AAAGACCAACGAAGGAGAGAAAAAGUUAAAACCCUCUCUACAAAAAAAGAACGAAAAACCCUAACUCUCACGCGCCCCACGCGCCACUUAUUCUUCACGCCUGCUCGCCCCUUCUCUCCACAGCUCAGUAACGCUUCCGCCAUCGCUGCCUCCACCGCCGGUGCGGCCGCAGCCUCCUUCCCACUGAGCUUGCACUGCUUUACACUUCUUCUUGUUACUGAUAACAUUUGAACGUGACUUGAAUAGAGACGCUGGACAUCUUUUCAACUUUUCAUUAGAAAGUAUUCAACAAAAUUCUAAUGGUGAAGCAAUUAGUUCGUAAGCGAGAAGUCAGUGAGGCCGAGGAACUCGAAGUUUUCACAGAGCAAUCAAACUAUGAAAAUUUGUUAAUGCAAUUACAAUCGCGUCAUAAGGAUGUUGCUGCUUCAUGUAUGAAAAGACAAAGACAAGAAGAAGGAAAAAGUGACACAGAGGAUGACGAGGAUAACUGUUCUGAAUCUUCUAGUGCAUUGGAGGAGGAGGAGGAAGAGGAAGAGGAAGAAGAAGAAGUGACUGAUGAUGAGUCCCGUAGAAGUCCAUCUUCGGGAAACAGUAUGUAUGAGCCAGUGCUAAAUGUUGAAACUGAAGAUGAUGCUGACAGCUCCGACACUGAUCAGGAGAAUGAACUUGAAUUUGGUUCUCACAGUGGCCCUUCUACGUCUGAUAUAACUAGUUCCUUUAACAAACACAUGGAACACAAGUUAUCUGAAGGGGAGGUUGAGAAUUUCCUUAAAAUGAAAUGGAAGUAUACAUGGGCGGUUCCUGCAGUAGGAAUGCCAAACUGCAAGUGGUCAGGUACCGGAGAGUGCUUUUUAAAGGAACUGGACAUGAAACCUAGUAGUUACGACCUUAAGUUAAGGUUAUAUGAGCACUGGUUGGAUACGUACAAGUCAUCUAGAGGCACAGACUUCCAUUCAUCGAGACAGAGAUUUUUCUUUUCCCUUUGCAACAGCUACCGGGAUAUACUAUACUGCAACAAGAAACCCUUUUAUUUGAAAGGUCUUGAAGAAGACUCAAGUAUCAUGGAUUCAUAUAUUAUGCAUUCUUUGAAUCAUGUUUUCAAAGCUAGAGACCUCAUAGCAAAGAAUGAUUCUAAAGUAGCCAAGCAUCAAGACUGUGCUGAGAUUCUUAGUGGAGAGAAAUUUCUUGAUCAUGGAUUUACUCGUCCAAAGGUUCUGAUUUUAUUGCCCCUUGCAAGCAUUGCGUUUCGUGUAAUUAAAAGGCUUGUGCAUCUUACGCCGUCGGCAAACAAGGUUACAGUGGAGUAUCUUGACCGUCUAUUCAAAGAUUUUGGAAAUGGAGAUGAUGGGAAGAAUCAAGACAUGGUUGAAUUAUCUCUUAAUGACCAGAGUUCCAGCUCUCAAAAAUCCUCGAAACCUUCUGACUUUCAAGCACUCUUUGGUGGGAAUAAUGAGGAUCUCUUUAUGAUCGGUAUCAAGUUCACCAGGAAGAGCAUUAAGUUGUUCAGUGAUUUCUAUUCAUCGGACAUCAUUGUUGCUUCUCCCCUUGGUCUGAUAACCAAACUUGGGGAAAUAGAGAAGAACAAGGAGAAAGAUGUCGAUUAUCUUUCUUCCAUUGAGGUUCUAAUCAUUGAUCAUGCAGAUAUUAUAGCAAUGCAGAACUGGUCCCAUGUGAAUACUGUUAUUGAACACAUGAAUAAGAUACCAUCGAAGCAGCAUGGAACUGAUGUGAUGCGGAUAAGGCAGUGGUAUCUUGAUGGACAUGCGAGGUUCUAUAGGCAGUCAGUAGUUUUGGGUUUCCACUCAAACCCAGAUAUAAAUGGGUUCUUCGUUCGCUACUGCAACAACUUUGAAGGAAAGGUGAAGUUGUUAUGUGAGUACAAAGGCGUUCUUCCAAAAGUUGUGCUCCAAGUCCGUCAGGUGUACGAGAGAUUUGAUUCAGACUCUAUAGCUGAUGUUGAUGAUGCUCGUCUUGAGUAUUUCUCCAAGAAGGUGUUUCCAAAGAUAAACGAGUCUAGUCAGGGUGGAGUCAUGCUCUUCAUUAGUUCUUACUUUGAGUUUGUCCGAGUUCGAAACUUUUUGAAGGCACAGAACGCUUCAUUCUGUCUCCUUGGGGAGUAUACAAAGCAAAGUGAUAUCUCAAGAGCACGAAAUUGGUUUUUUGAGGGAAAGCGGAAGAUCAUGUUAUACACAGAGAGAGCUCAUUUUUAUCACAGAUAUAAGAUUCGUGGCAUACAAAACUUAAUAAUGUAUUCCCCUCCAGAGAGGAAAGAGUUUUACCCUGAGAUUGUAAAUAUGCUUGAUGAAUCCCAGAGUAUGACGUGCAGAGUUCUAUUUUCUCCUUUUGAUCAACUCCCGCUGGAGAGAAUUGUUGGAACUGUGCCAGCAAAAAAGAUGACAACAUCAGAGAAAAAGGUUUUCAUAUUUUGCUGAACUCCAUUUUUAGCUGCCAUCAAGCUUGCUGAAGGACAGGAAUAACCCAUGUGAUGAUCUCGAUGCAAAAGUAAAGAUGCUUUGUUCCUCAACUUCAGACUCUCUUUAUGCCUUACGGUGAAGAGUCAGUUUUGAUUAUGCGUCGGCCUUCAAUUUUUGCUUUACGUUACUGAUUUUUUUCUUCAUCUUGAUCUUUGGUAUUUAAUUGUUUUGAUUGUUAUUUAUAGGUAGUAUGUGUUCAAGAUUUUCUUUAUGUUCAUUGUAGAAAUUGAGGAAGACUAUGAUUCCAAUUAACUGAAUCAUAUUUUGUAACAACUAAUAUUUAGAAGUAAUAUUCUAAUGAGCAAUUUUUUUUUUUAAAAAGAUAAUAGAGAUUUUCGUAGUUCA